ACCCAACUGGAAUUAUUGAUAAUAUUCGUCAACUCUACAAAAAUCGGGAAGGUUGGCUGGCACCGUUUCCCUGGUGUGAAGAUUUUCACUUCUCCUUUGACGACAUCUACACCCGACUUAAAGUCAUCUACAGAAAGAAAACGAGAGGAACAGCAACAGACCGAGUUGUCACGAUGUCUGAAAUCUUCAACAAGCACGAAGAAUGUGAAGAACCAAGAGUAGUAUUAAUUGAAGGGAAGCCUGGUAUGGGAAAGACAACUUACUGUAAGAAAGUUGUUUUCGACUGGGCCUCAGGAAAACACGCAAGCGGAAAUUGCUUCACUAACUUCGCAUUAGUGCUUUUGAUCAAAUGUCGUGAUUUUGAGUCUGGCCUUUGGGAGGCUAUUGAAGAUCAACUUCUGCCUCGAGAAGUUGGUGAAGACCAACGAGAGAGAUUCUUCGACUUCAUUCUCCACAAUCAAUCUAAUGUUCUUCUGGUACUCGAUGGAUUGGAUGAAGUUUCUGAGGAGAAGCUACCUAUGUUUUCAGAAAUUAUUCAAGGCCGAAUGCCGCGCAUGCCAAACUGUCGCGUGAUUGCUACGGCACGACACGAAGCGGGAGUUAAAGUUCGAAUAUACUGCAACACGCUGCUAGAAAUUGAGGGAUUUACUGAAGAAGAUGUAAACUCCUUCAUCAGAAAGUUCUUCAGAGACAAAUCAAAAUUGGCCGAGCAGCUUAUUGCGCACCUAUGUGUUGAUUACACGUUAUAUGCAAUUUUGACGAAUCCUCUCAACACUGCGCUUCUUUGCCUGGUCUAUGAAGAUUUGAACGGUGUAUUUCCUGAAAGCAGAACGAAGCUGUACAUGGAAAUAGUGGAGUGUGUACUAAGAAGGUACAGAACAAAGCAGCAACUACCAGAAAACGGUGAAGACCUUGUUAAACUUUACGAAAGCGAAUUGAGACACCUUGGUUCGAUAGCUUUGAAAGGUUUACUUGAGGACAACUUGGAUUUUGACGAGAAGGAGCUUGGAGAACACAAAGCAAGCGAUUUACCUGGAUUCGGAUUUUUGUCAGUUCAGCCUGGAGGCAGCAGACUAAGACCAACUAGACGUUAUGGCUUUCUUCACAAGACUUUUCAAGAAUUCUUCGCAGCAUUCCAUCUCACAGUUGUCAGCUUAUCAAGAAAGAAAUCAACAAAAAGGAGAAAAAAAAAUGUUGAUGAAAUAUUUGGUUCCGCUAAUGACGAUGAGCUGACAGAGUUGGUAUUGAAUAGUGAUGAAAUUGGUGAUGAUGGUGCUGCUGCUCUGGGUCAGUGUUUGAAACAUAAUACAUCGCUGACAACGUUGGAAUUGAACUCUAAUAAAAUUGGUAAUGUUGGUGCUACUGAUCUGGGUGAGUGUUUGAAAUGUAACAAAUCGCUGACACGGUUGGAAUUGAGUGGUAAUGAAAUUGGUAACGAUGGUACUGCUGCUCUGGGUGAGUGUUUGAAACAUAAUACAUCGCUGACAACGUUGAUUUUGUGCAGUAAUAAAAUUGGUGAUGUUGGUGCUACUGCUCUGGGUGAGUGUUUGAAACAUAAUACAUCGCUGACAACGUUGAUUUUGCGCAGUAAUAAAAUUGGUGAUGUUGGUGCUACUGCUCUGGGUGAGUGUUUGAAACAUAAUACAUCGCUGACAACGUUGAAUUUGAACUCUAAUAAAAUUGGUGAUGUUGGUGCUGCUGCUCUGGUUGAGCGUUUGGAAUAUAACAAAUCGCUGACACGGUUGGAAUUGAGUGGUAAUAAAAUUGGUAACGAUGGUACUGCUGCUCUGGUUGUUGCGCGGAAGUGUCAUCCACAUCUGAAAAUAUUUAGAAUGUAUUGA